UCUCCGCACCGGUCCAUCCCCGUCAUCCCCGACUAGCAUCUCCCACCGUCCCAUCACUACUGCAUCUCGCGUCGUACCACCCCCCAAAUUUCCCCCCAAUGAUGCCCUGUUCAUUGACCGAGAUUAGCAAUUAGCCUAAUAGGCUAAAAUCUCUAGAUGUCUAUAUAAAUCGUCGCCGACGAGACGGAUAGCUGUAGCGCAUACCGAUCGAAACCACGCAUUCUCCAUCCGCCCAGAUAAUGAAUGCGAGGUAGAAGGCGAAACAUGUAUUUCUCCUCCAUCCUCGCCCUGGGCGCUUUGGUCCAGGCCGCAGCAGCCUCCUACAUUACCCCCAACUCGACCGGCCUCCGUCUCCAGCAUGGCUUUGAGACCAUCCUCAUCCAACCGUUUGGGUACGACGGGUUCCGCGUGCGCGCAUGGCCCUUCCGUCCUCCCUCGGGCAACGAGAUCAGCUUCAUCUAUGACCCCCCGUUAGAAGGCUUCGAAGACUCCGCGCAUGGCAUGAGUUAUGACACCGCUACCACCGGCUCGGAGCCCCGCACUCUGCGCAACGGCAACAUGAUCCUUCGCACCACCGGCUGGGGGGGUGAAACGGGUGGAUACAGACUGUCCUUCUCCCGCGUCAAUGAGGAUGGGAGCGAGACCCUCCUCACGAACGAGUACGCCCCUCUCAAAUCUCUCAACCCCCGGUCCUACCAAUGGCCAGGUCUGGGGCCGGAAUUCUCUGCCGAAUUCUCCUUCAGUGCAACGCCGGAUGAGCAGAUCUAUGGCACCGGAACGCAACAGGACCAUAUGAUCAACAAGAAGGGCCAGGUGAUUGAUAUGGUAAACUUCAACACGCACAUCCCGACUCCUGUGUUCAUGAGCAAUAAAGGUUACGCCUUUAUCUGGAACAUGCCUGCCGAGGGGCGCAUGGAGUUUGGGCCCCUCCGGACCAGGUUCACCGCCGCGACAACGACGUUGGUCGACUAUGUGAUUGUGGCCUCUGCGCCUGGCGACUACGAUACCCUGCAGCAGAGGAUUUCGGCCCUGACGGGGCGGGCACCGGUCCCGCCAGACUUUGCCCUCGGGUACAUCCAGUCGAAGCUGCGGUACGAGAACGAAACCGAAGUUGAGCUCCUGGCGCAGAACUUCCACGACCGCGGGAUCCCGGUGGCCAUGAUUGUUAUUGAUUAUCAGUCGUGGGCACACCAGGGCGACUGGGCACUCGACCCGCGCCUCUGGCCAAAUGUCGGGCAGAUGUCGGCGCGGGUCAAGAACCUCACUGGUGCCGAGAUGAUGGCAUCGCUGUGGCCCAGUGUUGCUGAUAAUAGUGUCAAUUAUGCGGCACUGCAGGCGAACGGGCUGCUCUCAGCCACGCGUGACGGCCCCGGCACCACUGACUCGUGGAACGGAUCAUACAUUCGCAACUAUGACUCGACAAAUCCCUCGGCGCGGAAGUUCCUCUGGAGCAUGCUGAAGAAGAACUACUACGACAAAGGCAUUAAGAACUUCUGGAUUGACCAGGCUGAUGGCGGAGCUCUCGGCGAGGCGUAUGAGAAUAACGGGCAGAGUACAUAUAUCGAAUCGGUCCCGUUUGCCCUGCCGAAUGUACUGUAUGCCGCCGGGACGCAGCUCAGCGUAGGAAAAUUGUACCCCUGGGCGCAUCAGCAGGCGAUCGAAGAAGGGUUCCGAAAUGCGACAGACACGGAGGAAGGGAGCGCCUGCGCCCAUGUCUCGCUGAGUCGGUCCGGGUACAUCGGGUCCCAGAGAUUCUGCAGCAUGAUCUGGUCAGGAGACACCACGUCCGUGUGGGAUACACUGGCAGUGCAGGUAGCCAGUGGUCUGUCAGCCGCAGCGACUGGCUGGGGCUGGUGGACAGUCGAUGCAGGCGGCUUUCAGGCUGAUCCAACGGUCUGGUGGAGUGGCAACAUCGACACCCCCGAAUUCCGGGAGUUGUAUGUGCGCUGGCUAUCCUGGACGACCUUUUUGCCCUUCAUGCGCACCCACGGCAGUCGGGCCUGCUACUUCCAGGACGCCUACACCUGUGCUAACGAGCCAUGGUCGUAUGGCGAAGCCAACACACCCAUUAUUGUUUCGUAUAUCCAUCUGCGCUACCAGCUAGGUGCCUACCUGCGCUCCAUCUUCAAGCAAUUCCACCUCACUGGUCGGAGUAUCAUGCGUCCGUUGUAUAUGGACUUUGAGAAGACAGACCCGAAGAUCUCCACGCUCACUGCAUCGAACAGCAACUACACGACGCAGCAAUACAUGUUUGGGCCACGCCUGUUGGUCUCCCCGGUGACCUUGCCGAAUGUGACCGAGUGGCCAGUGUAUCUGCCACAGACGGGCGACAACAGCACCAAGCCAUGGACGUACUGGUGGACGAACGAGACGUAUGCAGGAGGGCAAGUGGUGACGGUUUCAGCCCCGGUGCAACACAUUCCAGUGUUCCAUUUGGGAUCGAGGGAGGAGCUCCUCAUAGGCGAUGUGUUCUAAAGCCCCUAAAUAUUAGACCUAGAGAGAAAUAGGAAGCCAUGUUG